AUGCCAGACACCAACAACCUCAAGUUCGACAAGGACAAUAUCCAGGCUGAUAUCUGGCCUGGUCUGCUGAAGAAAUAUGAGAUCUUUUGCUUCUUCAACAUUGCAGAUGCCCCCAAGUUCAAGCCCCAGUUGGAGAAAAUUGCCAAUGAAGUCAUCACCCCCGCCUCUAGAGCCCAAGAUAUGCGAGGCCAAACAUUCGAGCACAAGAGUAUGCUGGCCAAGGGCACGAUCAAAAGCCCGGAGAGGCUGCCGAUUGCCGGCGUCAACAUCGCAUUCAGCCACAACGGCCUGGAAAAGCUGGGGAAGACUGAUUUGAAGGACCCAGCGUUUUCUAAGGGUCAAUUCCACAGCAUGGUGACGGAUGGCCGAGACCAAGAGGACCGCUGGCUGAACUCAUUCCGGGAAGGGGUGGACGGCGUGCUGCUAAUUUGCGGUGAAAAAGAGAAGGUUGAAAAUCGACUUGCAUGGGUGGAAAAAAGCUUCCUAGGGAAGUCCCACGGCGUGAACACGAUCGAGACAAUCCGGGGAGAGGAUUUGAAAGGCGAUAAAGCCGGCCAUGAACAUUUUGGAUUCAAGGAUGGCAUCGCGCAGCCUCAACUGGAGGUCCUUGAUAACGCAAAGGCCAAUACCCCCAGGAAAUCUUUCCGAAGCACGCCGCCAGGGUUCAUUAUCAACGGAUACGACGAGGACGAAGAGCCCUCCUGGGCUAAGGACGGCAGUUAUCUGGUCUUUAGAAAGUUGAAACAGCAUGUCCCGGAAUUCAAAAACUUUUUACAGCACGAGGCUUCCCGUCUGGGAUACACUCAAGGACAGCUAGGCGCGCGCCUGGUCGGACGCUGGGAAAGUGGUGCCCCAGUGGAAACCAAUCCCGACAUCGAUAACCUUGGAGAUGCUGAGAAGGACGACUUUGACUUCAAAUUUAAAGACCAAUCAAAGUGCCCCUUUGCGGCCCACAUCCGCAAGUCGAGGCCUCGAGGGGACGUUAAGAAUUUUUUCGGCGCCGAAGAGGCAAAGUUCGACAUUAUGCGCCGCGGCAUUCCGUAUGGGCCCGAAGUGACAGACGAUGAGCUGAAGCAGAAUAAGACAACCGUGGACCGUGGCCUUCUAUUCGCCUGCUACCAGAGUAGCCUCACCAACGGAUUCGAGUUUAUUACCAACAGUUGGUUCAACAACAACGAGUUCCCACCCGUGGAACCUGUGAUACCCGGUGCCGAUCCCAUCAUGACGGACAGGGCCAAGGAUUCCUCCAAGAAGCUCCGCAUGAACAUCCUCGACAGAAAGGGCGAUCCAAAUCAGAUUGACUUCGACCCAUUUGUCGAGUCCCACGGCGGUUCAUACUUCUUCAUGCCGUCCUUGGCCGCAUUGCGGGAGAUGGCCCAGGCCAAAUAAUCGCCUUGUCGGUCACGGUUCGGGGCCAGGGAGAUGUUGGUUGUUUUGCCUUAUGGUAUUACUCCAAUGUUCUUUACAGCAAUCGUUGUCCUUACCAUGAUAGAAGUAUCAAGAAAGUUUCUUGUCUAUAUGAAGGCAGCUAUGAAGGCAGCUCAAAGCCAUAAAGUCAUGUCUGUAGAUUGAUCC